CGACCUGACGUUAGGCCAGUGGAGACUGGAGAGGAAACAUUAAUUAAAAUUAAAAUGAAGGCUAUAUUACUUUUUGAUACUGUUAACGACUUGAUAUUUUCUAAGUGGGAUGACGAUUUUUUGGAACGUAUGAAAUCGUUUAAUGGUCAGGAAAAAGAUGUAAACAUCACUGAUAAUCACCACAUAUCCCAACUCCUGUCUCCAAUCAUCACCUCCCAGCGGGUGAUGGCGGCGCAGUUCAGUAAUACAUACACUUCCAUGCAAUGUAAAGAUAACACCACUAUCGUUUUUGACGAGUUGCUGGACCAUGUGUUAAUGAUCAUUUGUGAAGACAGAGUAGACGAUGCCCAGCGAGAGCUGAUGGACUGCAAAACUCUUGUGCAGCAUAUAUGCGGACAGAAUAUGAAUCUCCUACACUCGCAAGUGUAUCGAGAAUGGCUAUCUGUGUUGUUGGAGUCUCGCGGCAAGGGUGAUUCAAUCCCGGGAGCUAGUGGUGUCAUCGGUGAAAGUGGGGCCACGGCAGCGGCAUUGAGUGCCUUGAAGACCAUCUCCAAAGAAAUAAAAUGGUCGCAUCCACAUUACCACCUGUUAUUAUAUGUGGGCGACAAAAUGUUGGCUCUUUACUCAAGUCGCGGUUGUGAAGAUCUUUUGCCGCCUGAUUUGAUCCUGCUGAGCAUUCAGUGCAUUGCAGCCCAGGAGUACUGGAGUGAACAACAGGAAGAGGAAAAAACUACCCUUUGUGAUGAUAUUCACCUGCCAUGGCUGUCAACUGAAAACAGUGCUAUAGUACACUUGAUAUCUUCGGCUGGUAGGGCUUGCAUCCCUCACUCGAUGCAUCUGGCACCCCUGGACACCAGGAUUGUGUUUGUGGUCCUCAUUGACAUGGAGAUGAGAGAUGUCGGUGUGUCAGUGCAAAUGUCAAGUCAAAUCUUAUCAAAUCUACGGAGGCUGCUAUUACAAAGAAAUCUAGAGAUGCUUCCCAACACACUGGACUCGUUGGAACAAGCUUUGAAGAAGACAACUGAUGCUCUCCGUAAGAACAAAUCAAAUUCCAAUCUAUGCGCUCGUCUCACAAGCAGGAUGUUGGAACUGAGAAAGUCAUGCAACACAACCACACCUCUAACCCCUGAAACGACAGCUACGGCGAUGCAAACAGCUUUGGAAGCUGUCAUAGAACAGCUCAAACCAGACAUACCCAGCUUGAAGAUGAAACAGCCUUUGAAGGAGUUGAGGAACCUCCUCACGCCAUACAUAGACUUCCUGAAAGUGAAGGCGAUGAGAUACUUCACUCUCGAAUCUGUCCCGGACGGCGGGUCCCUAACUCUUCACAAGUACGUGGAGGAGUUCCCGGGGCUGAUCCACUUCAUUUACAUCGACCGCGGCACCGGCAGGUUCCUGGCGCCGGACAUGGCGGACUGUGUAGACAUGCUGACACCCGACACGGUCCGGGAAAUCGUGUCCCGGGCGACGAGCGCCGUCCGCGAGGGUUACGGGGCGUGCGUGUGGCGGCGCGGAGCGCUACAUGUAUGUGCCGUGAGAUGGUUCGAGCGGCGAGGGUCGAGCGUGCGCCCCUCCGCCCCGCCGCACCCCGCCGCCGUCCGCGCGCUACCCCCACCCGGAGACAUCUGCGCCGCCUUCUAUAGGCAGCUGGUUGAACUGUCGUUCCCGGAGGAGUCGUGUGUGUGUGUGAAGGAGCUGGUGUGUGUGCACGUGGGUCUGGUUCCUCCGGCCACGGCGGUGCAACAGGCGCGGGCGCUGGCUCACGCGGUCAUUGACCUGGCCGGGGACGAUCAUCACCACCUCCUGUGAUCCUGUCACUGAUCACAUACAGGACACUCGACUGUCAUAUGGAAGUUAAAACAUGUUUACACUAUACAGCAGAGGUUUCAAAACGUAUUUAGUCUCUACCCACUUUGAGAAUAAAUUAUAUCACCUGCUGAAAAACUAGUAUAACUUAUCCUAUAUAAGUGAACUCUACACAACGCCUCCAUUUUUCUGGUUCUCUCCCCGCUCCCCUUUAGACUUGUAGCACCCACUUUGGGAAACCCUGCUAUAGAGCAAGUUCUAACAUUCCAAGUUCAAUAUUAUUAAUAAAAACAGUGUACUUGUACUUAACAUUCACCAAUCUAAUUUAUUAAUAAUUCUCAUAUACAGUGUGUUUGAAGUAUUACAAAUAAAAACAUGCCAUAUAAAAUUAAAAAACAUUUUAUAUCUUUACUGAUAAUAUAUA